GAAACCCCUUUCGUUCGUAUAUAAAAGCUACCUCAGCCGCGUACACUUUCAUAAAUCUCCUCUCUCUCAGCUAUCCCCAAAACCCUAAUUCUCUCAGCCGUAGGGUUUUGAAUAGCUUCCGCAGCUUCUCCCCUUUCCUCCUUUCUCCUCCGUUAUUCAUCUCUCUCGUUCAGAUGGGCAAGUCAAGCAAGAAAUCCGCCACCAAGGUUGAUGCUGCUCCCGUUGUCGUUUCACCAGUCAAGUCUGGAAAGAAAGGCAAGAGGCAGGCUGAGGAAGAAGUUAAGAAAGUGAGUGCUAAGAAGCAGAAGGUUGAGGAGGUUGUUGCCAAGCAAAAGAAGGAAGCUUUGAUUCAGAAAGCUAAGGAGGAAAGCAGUUCAGAGGAAGUAUCAUCUGAAUCUGAGGAUGAGAAACCUGCUGUGAAAGCUGCUGCUCCUGUCAAGAAGGCACCGGCUAAGAAUGGGAAUGCUAAGAAAGCCAAGCCAGAGUCCAGUUCUUCAGACUCUGGGUCUGAUGAGGAAGACACCUCAGAUGAAGAGGAUGAGAGUGCAAAGAAGCCGGCACCAAAGAAAGCUGAGGUUGCUGUUAAACCUAAGCAGGCACCAAAGAAAGAGGAAAGUUCUGAGGAAUCAGAUGAGGACUCUGAGGAAGGUUCCUCUGAAGACGAGAAACCUGCACCAAAAUCUGUCCCUGCUAAAAAUGGGAGUGCCCCAGCAAAGAAAGCUGCUAGUUCUUCUGAUGAGGAAUCUGAAGAAGAUUCUUCUUCUGAUGAAGAAGCACCAAAAGCUAAGGCUGCCCCUGCUGCUGUGAAGCCUGCUGCUGCAAAGAAGCCAGACUCUGAUAGCUCAGAUGAGUCUGAUUCUGAUGAUGAUGAGGAUACCAAGCCUGCUGUGAAGCCUGCUGUUGCCAAGAAGGCCGACGAUGAUGAUGAAGAUAGCAGUGAAGAUGAUGAUAGCAGCUCUGAUGAAGACAAUAAAACAUCCAAAGCUUCUAAUGGAAACAAGAAGCCAGUGACUGUCUCUAAGAAAGAGGACAAGAUGAAUGUUGACAAGGAUAGCAGUGAUAGUUCUGAGGAAAGUGACAGCGAUGAGGAGAGCGAAGAAGAACCAUCCAAAACACCUCAGACAAAGACUAAGGAUGUGGAGAUGAUUGAUGCUGACAAAUCUUCAAAGAAAGCCCCUGCUACCCCAGCUACACCAAAUGAGAGUGGAGGUUCAAAGACCUUAUUUGUUGGAAAUCUGUCAUUCAAAGUCGAGCGAACUGACAUUGUAAAUUUCUUUCAAGAAUGCGGAGAAGUUGUUGAUGUCCGUCUUGCUUCAGAUGAGGAUGGAAGAUUUAAAGGCUUUGGACAUGUUGAGUUUGCGACUGCAGAGGCAGCUCAAAGUGCACUUGAGUUGAAUGGACAAGAAUUAUUGCAAAGAGCUGUCCGACUUGAUUUAGCUCGGGAAAGGGGAGCUUACACUCCAAAUAGUAACAGCAACUUCUCUGCUGGUGGUAGAGGCCCGUCUCAAACUGUAUUUGUCAGGGGUUUUGAUAAAUCUCUUGGGGAGGAUGAGAUCAGAGCUAAAUUGGAGCAACAUUUUGCUUCUUGCGGGCAGGCUUCAAGAGUGUCAAUCCCAAAAGAUUAUGAUUCUGGCUAUGUGAAGGGGUUUGCAUACAUGGACUUCAAAGAUUCAGAUAGCUUUAACAAAGCUCUAGAACUCCAUGAAAGCGAACUUGAUGGUUACUCUUUGUCAGUGGAUGAAGCCAAACCUAGAGAUAGUCAAGGUCCACCAAGCGGCGGUGGAGGUCGUUUUAGUGACAGGGGUCGUGGUAGAGGUCGUGGUCGGAACUCUGGAGGUCGGUUUGACAGGAAUGGCUCUGGAGGUCGGUUCCCUGGAAGGGAUGGCGGCGGUAGAAGGGGUCGUGGUCGUUCUGGAUACAAUAAACCAACCUUUGCUUCAGAAGGAAAAAAGACUACUUUUGCCGACGACUAGAUUGGCUAUUUUGGAUUGCUGAAAAUUAUCUUCCAUCGGAGGAUACUGAAAAACUUAUAACUUAUGCUUUUUAAUCUAUUUCUAGUAGUUUUGUUGCUCAGUUUUGGUCAUUAUUAAUUAGUUUGAAUUGUUUAAAGAUCAUAUGUAUCCGAAAUUUUGUGGUUGUUAGUUACUGUCUUAUGGAUAUUGAAAUUCCAGCGGAUAUGUUGAAACUUACAGAUGUUUGGUUAA